AUGUCAAAUACACAAGAACCACCAUCUAAACCAAGUGGUCAAAAACAAAAAAGAAAUCGUUUAGCUGCUUCAUGUUCAGUUUGUAGAAAAAGAAAAUCAAAAUGUGAUAAAGCAAAACCAGUUUGUGGAUCAUGUAUUAAAAAAUCAAUAGCUCAUUUAUGUCAUUAUGAAACUCAUAGUUCAAAACAAAGAUUAAGUCAAAAUUAUCAAUAUCAACAGGAUUAUCAGCAACAACAACUACAUCAGCAACCAAAUCUUCCGCAACAUCAACAACCACUACAACAACAACAUCAGCUACCACAACAUACCCCUCAUCCUCCUCCAGCACCUCCAUUUUAUAAUGAACAAUAUAAUUCACCUGGUCCAUUGAAUCAACAACAACAACCUCCACUUCAAUCCUCAUCAUCAUAUCAAAAAGGAAAUUCAAGGCCGACCCCUCAUUUUCAGCAACCACCACUUCACCCUCAAUAUCCAAUUCCUCCAUCACCUUUUUCAUCAGAUCCAAUGAAUCAUAGUACAAGUAAUAACACAACUAAUGGAAUAAAUAAUCAUACUUAUAAUAGUCCACAUAAUCAUUCACACCAACAUCAUAUGCAACCACCUCCACUACCUGUACCUCAACCACCUCCACCACCAGCACCACUUCAUUCACAUUCUUCAUAUUCAUCAAACCAUCAACCACUGCCAUCUGCUUCAUUGUAUCCUGUUCCAGGUCAAAGUCCGUCUUAUUCAUCAUUACCUAAUACUACAAAGGUUCCACCUCAAUUACCUAUCCCAAAUUCAACUAAUUCAAAUAGGAAUUCACAAGAUAAUGGUAAACCAAAAUUAACAAGUCCACCGAAAUCAUCAUUCAAAGGGUAUCAACCUCCAACUUCUUCUUCUUCGAUCAAUUCAUUACCUUUACCACAACCUCCUUCAGGGCCAUCCUCCAUUACAGCAACGCAUAAUAAUAACCAUCAUAUUGAGCAUAGGAAUUCAUCAUCAAGAUUAAGUAUACCUUCACCGAAUAAUUUCAUGACAAAUGCAUCACCAACUGGGAAUAAUUUUAUGACACCUCCUUUAACAAAAUUGAAAUCUAUUAACGCUGAUUCUGGAAUAACUCCUCCAAAUUAUAAUAAUAGCAAUAAUAAUGGUAAUAACAAUAAUAAUAACAACACCAAUAAUGUUAAUAAUAAAGCAGGUAAUGCAAUUUCCAGCCCUGCAUCAUAUUCAUUAGGUAAAACACCUUCUAUACAAUCAAACAAUUCUCCAAAUUAUAAAGAUUCAAUUUCAUCAAACCCUUUAGUAUCUAUACCAUUAGGACCGAAUUCAUCAUUACAAAUAAGUCCCGAUGAUAGAAUCAAUGUAUUUUCAAAUGCAAGUUUAUCAUUAAGUUCUGAAGGUCCAAAUGGUCAAUUACAAGGUUAUCUUUCAUAUAUUGGAUUAACAAAAUUAGAUCCAUUUAUAACAAUUUUAAGAAAUUUUUUAGUUCAUUUAUUUAAAACUGGAGAAAUGGCUGUUUUUAUAGAAAGUGAUAAUACAAGAAAAAGAAGAAAUUCAAAUGGUUCAUUAACAUCAGGUAGAAGAAGUCUUGAUUAUUCAUCGCCUGCUCAUAAGAAAUCAAAAGUUGGACAAAAUCAAACUAGUCCAAUGGAAGGAAUUCCUGGAUUAAGUGAUGGUGAUUCUGGUAAAAAUGAAGGUGGUGGUGAUUUAAAUAAAUUAUCAAAAACUGCCAUUAAUAAUUUAAGAACUGAAGCAAAUAAUUCAUUAAAUAUAUCUUCACCAAUUGAUGAUUUUUCACCAAAUAAUCUCGUCACUGGGGCUGGAAAUAAUAACAGCAAUAAUGCAAGUAAUAAUAAUAAUCAACUAAAUAAUGAAUCUCAACCAACUAUAAAUAUCCCAACCUUUGAAUUAACUUUACUAGCAACAAAUGAUAAAAAACAAUAUUAUUCAAUGGUUGAAAAAUAUAUUACAUCAAUUUUACCAGAUCAAUAUAAUCUGUUUCAAUUAUUUUGUCGUUUUUUUAAAUAUGUUUAUCCAUUUGUUCCAAUAAUUGAUGAAAAUUCCCUUAUAGUUGAUGUUAAAAAUUUAUUAAAAAAUUUUCCAGCUUUUAGUCAUGAAAAAUGGAAUAAUUUAAAAAUUAAAAAUGAUAAUGAUUUAAGAACUUUAGGUAUAUUUUUAUUAAUUUUAAAAUUAGGUUAUAUGACAUUAAUUCAUAAUGAUAAUGUUUAUAAUGAUUAUAAUGAAAAAGAAUUAUCCAUAAUUGAAAAUAUGAAACCUAUAACAUCAACAAUUUUUAGAAAAGCUAUUGAUUUAUGUAUUGGAAAUAGUUUAAAUGCAUCAAAAUCUUCUUUUAAAUUAGUUCAAUUAUUAUCAUUAUUAUAUUUUUAUAAAGAAAAUGCUCCAGAUGAUGGUCAUGGAAUAUGUGGAGCUGAUUCUCAAAUUUUAUUAGGUAUAACUAUAAGACAUGCAUUAUCAAUAGGAUUAAAUAGAGAUCCAACUACUUAUUUAACUCAUGAUGUUAUAACAAAAAAUCCAGGAUUAAUUAAAACUUGGAGAUAUUUAUGGUAUUAUAUCAUAGGAAAUGAUGCAGUUAGUUCAAUACAUAAUGGAACAAAUUUAAAUUUAAUGAAUUUAGAUAUAAGUGAUGUUCAUAUACCUUAUGAAUCCAAGGACAAAUCUGGACAAUUAAAUGAAUUUAUUAAAAAAACAAUAUUGAUAUAUAAAUAUUAUAGACAAUUAGUUUCCAAAAUUUGUAAUAUGUCUGUUAAACCAAAAGUUAUGGAUAUUUUAUCAGAUACAAAUAAUUUAGAAAGAAUAUUUUUUGAAUUUUUUGGUAAAGAUUUUUUUAAAGUUGAAAUUUGUAAACCAGCCAAGAUAAAUCCAAAAAGUGAAGAAGAUGGUUGGGAAGUAGGGUCCAUUGAACAUGAAGAAACUUUUAUGAAAGUAAUGAAAUAUUGUAUAUUUAUACAAUUAAGAACUAAUUUAUCUGGAUUAUAUUAUAUGAUUGCAAUACAUUAUGAAAAUGAAUAUAAUGAAUCUAAAACACCGUCAAUGAAUGCAGGUAUUGAAUUAUUUAAAAUUUAUAUAAAAAGUGUUGUUCAAAUAGUUUAUAUAAUGUCAUAUGUAUUAGAUAAUUCAGUUGAAUUAUUUGGUAAACAUUAUGAUUAUAUAUUAACAUCAGCAAAUGAAAGAUAUAUGAAUAAAACUCAUUCAUUUUUAACAAGUUUUUUUGUUAGAUUAUUACAUCAAAAAAAGGAUUUAUCAUUUAAAGUAUUUAAAGAACCAAGUUUUAUACCAAGAUUAGAAGUAAUGGAUACUUUAUUUACAAUGGUAUUAAUUGAAGCAGAAUUAUUUGUUGGAAAUUUUAAAAAAUUAUCAAGAACUUAUAUUAAUAGUUAUAGAUUAUAUAUAAUGACAUAUAUUAUAUUAAGACAAUGUGUUGAAAAUCCAGAUGUAUUUUUUGAAAAAGCUAUUAGUGAUCAAUCAUUUUUCCAUCAGGGGACAAAUAUGAUUGAAUUUUUUACAAUUGCUGAAUUACAACAUUUAUGUAAAUUAUGUUCACAAUUGCGUAAUGCAAAAGAUGAACAAAAUAAAUUAAAAGCCGAAAGAUUAAAAGCAAAAGGUAUAAUAUUAAAUGAUCAUAGAGGUAGUUAUGAAAAUAAUGAUUUAUUAAAUUUAACAAAUCAUUUCAAGAAUGAAGAAGGCACGAAUGAAUAUUUUAAUAUUGAUGAAUAUAAAGAAGAUGAUUUAAAUUUAUUUGGAUUAGAUUCAAGUUUUGGUGGUGGUUCAUCAACUUCAAUCCUUAGUUUUUUUGAUGAUGAUAAAAUUUUUAAUAAUUUAAAUAAUUUAAAUGAUAAUGAUUUAGAUCCAAUGGCUUGUAAUGAAGAUUUAAUUAGAUUAUUUAAUAUUUAUGGAGAUUUUGAUGGUUUAUUAGGACUUUAA